CUAGACUCUUGUCAUUCAGUCUUUGAGUACCGUACUCUGGCCCUGGGCACACGAGUCACGACGCUUCCAACUUUGGAGAGUUUUCCUUCACUCGUCUUGCGCCCAGGCGGUCCGAGUUGCCGAGUCAUCUUGCUCAUGCAAAUGGAUCAUGGCGCCCUAGCUCGGUAGUCAGGUCACCUCAGGUGGUCCUUGGCCUGAUGGCAGUGAUCCUCAUGGUGGACCCGCAGUUUACAAGGAGUUCACGAGCAGCCCCCUCGGUGUGCAACUCCUAGAUCCCAAAGAGGUGGAGCAAAUACCCACAGGAAUGUUCACGACCCUGAACCCUUCCAGAGCUUGGAAUCAAAAGCAGGCGUCUGAAGGAUCGUUGGUUUGCUUGCGCCUGGACCCAGGGGUAUCAACCACGUCAGGGACCCCCAUUAGACUAUGCAUUCCAGCUUUGUCUAGGCCACAUGUCAAGCUUGUCUUCAAGUUGGCUGUGCUAUGGUUCCUUCAAUAAAAGCGAUGAUCGUCCUCAGCGUUACCGCUUGAGGAGCUAGGAUAAAGGUGUCCUUUCCUGCCGCAAGGAUGUCAUUCCAGCAUCUUCAUGAUAAGUCCGGCUUCUUCGGUGGGGAAAUGGCGAGCAACCCCGGGCCCCAGUCUUUCUUAGACCUGGCGGGUGUGCCACUUGCGGGGAGGGACCCCUACCAGUCCGCGUCCAGGGGUUUGCACGACCAGCUCAGCCAUGCACGCCUUGAUUUUCGCCCUCAGUUGGACCGCCAGCCCUUAGGUCAGGACCACGGGUUUCAGGCUGCGCACAACUUGAGCUCGUCCCAAGGUUUGAUGCUCGGGAACUUGCAGUUGCCAGGGGGGGGGAUGAGCAGUCAUGCUGCUCUAGCGGCAUUCUUGCAGGCGGGGCUAGCAGGUGGCCCUUUAGCACAGGACACAACUGGAGGAGGAGAGGCCAUGCUGUUUCCCAGCUCGCUGCUUAGCACGUUGAACCAGUUGCAGAAGAACAUCGCCACUCUCCAAGCCCUUAUCCCCCUCCUGAACCAACACGGCACCAGUCGCUCCCAGCAAGAAGCGGCCACCAUCGGCGUGGCCAAUGUUUUGCAAGCCUCUAUGGCUCAGCUAGCUUCCGCAGCAGCAGGUCUUCUGCCGGCUACUCAACCUCUCCCAGGUGACCGGCUGAAUAGCGCCAGGGGAACGGCAGGGAGCGCUGCUCUUAACACUACAUCAGCAAACAUCUCAAGCUUUGGGUUGCCAGACGGGAACAGUGUUCGAAACGUGGGGGGGGAGUUGACGCAGCAGGCGUCGGACAAGGAGGAGGAGCAGGGGGGUGUGGGGUCGUAUAAGGAGGACUAUGACUCGGAGGAGAAUCUGCCUGAGGGCUCGUACGAUGUCAUGGAACUAGACGCGAUGGAGAUCCUGGCCGAGCACACGCACUUCUGCGAGAUCUGCAACAAAGGGUUUAAGCGGGAUGCAAACCUGCGUAUGCACAUGCGGGGCCAUGGGGACCAGUACAAGACUGCAGCCGCGCUCGCGAAGCCAGACAAACCACAGGAAUCUGGAACCUUGCGACCGAAAAGGUUCAGCUGUCCCCACGUCGGUUGCAAGCGCAACCGGAAGCACUCCAAGUUCCAGCCGCUCAAGACGAUGCUGUGCGUGAAGAACCACUACCGGCGGAGCCACUGCCCCAAGGUCCUCUCCUGCAGCAAGUGCGGAGCCAAGAAGUUUUCGGUGGUGGCGGACCUGAAGACGCACGAGAAGCACUGUGGGCGUGAGAAGUGGACGUGCUCGUGCAAAACGACCUUCAGCCGCAAGGACAAGCUGCUGGGCCACCUCAACCUGUUCAAGGGCCACAGUCCCGUCCUGCCAAGCCCUACCAAACCGGAACCGGAAAUAGGCGGUACGGGACCCGCUCUGCCAACUUCACAACCCUCGGCAACUAGUCUGGCGGUCGCGGAGGCGCUCGGGCUGGACCUGCAGAGGCCCUCCGAGGAGCAGCCGCGACUGGUGGGCUCUUUCGACACGCCCAACCUGCUAUCCUCCUUUUACGGCUCCCACGAAUUGCCCCUCGGAGGCCUGGAGGGCCAAGAGAACAUGGGGCUCGCAUUCCAGUUGAAGGAAGAGAAUCAGAGCCUCAACUUUUGGGACCGGCGCGAGCAGCUGCCAGGGAAGCGGUAGCAGCCGGGCAAGGGGCAUGUGCCUUUUUGUAUGCCAUUCCCCGUUGGAAGAGAAUCAAAUUGUGACAAAAGGGAGUGGCGGGAAGAGAGGUUUCGGGGAGGAUAGACCGUGAUCAAGAGAUCUGAUGAGAAAAUCAUCCACCUUCAAUGGCGGCUUGCGCUGAGGCCUAUGCAAAGGUUGCGUGGUAGUUUGAGGCGCACUUUUGAGUGGGCGUAUAUACCUCCACGGCUUGCUACGCUAGCUUAGCUCUUGUACUUUAGCUUGACAUUAUCAUUUGGUAAACAGUGGUGUUACUGCCUGCAUUUGGAGUCAUGAGCGUCACUGCUCAUGUGCGUAAGGUAGAGACCAGCUCAUCACGCAUUUAUUAGAGCGCUAGGCUUUCAAAAGAGCGCUAGGUCGUCAUUGUCCAGGUAAACACGUUGCAUCAAAAGGUAUACACAUUGCACCCUAAAUCAGAUCGCAAUAGUUGCAUUGUCAAAAAGUGGGGCAAAUAUGGCUCUCGCAUUAGGAGCUUUAGGAGGGUUUAGGCUAAGUCCGGCAAACAGACAAGGCUAGUCGACAGACACCUUACAUGUCAGUACCUUUGAGUCACGCUCGAAAAGAGUGGGUUUUCAUGCUCAAAUCUUG